CGGUGCAGAGCAGCAGUCAGUCUAUUCCGGUCGCUGUUCUAGCAUGGACGGGCGCUGGUAAUCAGUGCUAGUAGUGGAAGCAUUUUUAAAGACCAGCAGCAACGGCUUGCUGUGGAAAAUGUUGCAUGUUGCUCUCGGGGCCGGCUUGCAGUCCUCGGUGUCGAACUGCGCGAACCGCGUGUGUCUGGUGUGCGGCUAGUAGCAGUCAGUGUGGCGUGUGCGAAAGCGGCAGUGGGGAGGAAAAAGCCGCGAAAAAAUUUACACACAAAAUAGGUGAUUUCAAGAGGCAGUGAUUUUUUGUUUUACCGUUUGUUUGUUUUUCUUGAAAAACCCCGUUGCGUGUGUGCGUUUGUGGAGAGGAGAAAAAUUGAUACACCGAGAUCGAGAUAAAGUGAUCCAGCAACGGUUGGAGCGUUUUACAAACUGCUGCACUGAUCGUUGAGAAUUGACAACGUCAAAGUCGCAAAAAACGCACACACAAACAAACAACAAACCCGGGGAACAAACGUGUGCCGCCAAUGUCGUGCAACCCUGGUGCUGGGCCUGCUGGCGGCACGACAACCAUGCCAAAGCGCCCACUUCUUCGCCUUCGCUGAGGUUAUCACUCUCCGGCUGAACGAAGCUGGCAUACGCCAGUGAGGCAUACGAUUUGUCGCCGUCAAACGGGGACGCAUCUGUUCUGACCACCCGCGGGGGUACUGUGGAUGAGUGAUCUGGUGCCUUUGACUUUUGACGCAGGCUUGAAGAUGUCACGCGGGCGAGUUUAAUGGACGGCUGGAGAGCAAGGAAAUGUAAACAAGAAAGUCUUGCUCAUAGGGGAAAUGACGGAGACCAGUUCCUUGUUAGAUAGUCCAGGAAGUGUGUGCAGUUUUGUCAAGCAAGCGUUCAGAUGAUGCUGAAUCAUCUCACACAUACAAAGAAUUGGAUUUGAAUUGGAAGUCAAUCGUGAACCGGGAUUAAGAUACAGGGUUGUGUAUGCACCCCAACGAAUAGACUCCUUCGCAUCAGUCUAGCGCACUCUUAUCAGCGCUAAAACAGUGCAUUUGGUUGCAAUUAAUACAUACCACCCUAUCGCAUCAACCGCCUUAUCGGAUCGGAGAUAAUGAACGCCUCAACAAAGUAGACUAUUUCACCUGCCCAGACAACUACGAUGCCAUAACGCCGUCAACUGCAAAUAAAACCAAACGUGCCAAUGUGACGAAGCACAGUAGCCAUCGACCGUACACCGUAUCCGUAUCCAAAGAAACCUCCAAAACACAACUCCCCUCACAACCCCCCGGUGCUCCCGGUCCGCUAAAACAAUGACCGAUUCGCGCAAACCGAUGCCACCGGCCAGGAUAGUGCCCGUUCAUCGGGGGAAAGCCACAACCGCCACCGAACCCGACACCUGUCAGCGAGCCUGGAUGGAAAGUGAUAUACCCGACCGGGUCCCGCCAGAAUCGGAACGGGAACCGUUCCUUGGCGCCGUGGGCGGUUCGGACGGUAGCGAAACUUCCAGCCUGGAGUGUGAGCGGCUCUGCACGGCGCAGGUGUUCCCGAAGAAGGCGCGCAUUUUCUCCAUCGAUCUCGAGCGUGGUGGUGGCGGUCACGGCAAGACAAGCGGACAGGUAACGCCGACCGGGUCGGUCGGGAGCGGCGACUGUACCAGUAACGAUGAUUCUCACAGCGAUGCCAAACUGUGGGCCGGUGGGCCGGCGAACCGAAACGCGAACCGGCGGAAGCGGAAACGGCCGGCGAGUCGGUUGCUCCAGUUGUGUCAGUGCUGUCCUUGGACCGUGCCAUGGAGUCUGCUGAUUGUCAGUGCCCUGCAGAUAGCAGUUUUCACGUACAGUAACGAUGCCAUUAACCAGAAACUCAUCUUCUCACCCGUAAAACAGUACGAGGUUUGGAGGUUUGUUACGUAUACGUUUCUACACGCUGGCCGCGUACAUCUGGUGCUUAACAUUAUUAUACAGCUUUUAGUAGCAUUUCCCCUGGAAACGGAACAGGGCCACGGUAAGGUGCUGCUCGUCUACUUCGCUGGCAUCGUUGCCGGCGGUUUGGGUGCUUCCGUGUUCGAGCCGUCGCUGAUGGUGGGUGCUUCCGCGGGCGUGUACUGUUUACUGAUGAGCCACAUACCACAUAUCAUGAUGAACUUCCGCACGCUAUCCUACCGCUACUAUCGGCUGAUUGCCGUGCUGAUGCUGUGCAUUAGCGACGUGCUGUACUCGAUACGCCACUGCCUUACCAAAGGAAACCUUCAGCCACGCAUCGGUGUGGCAGCUCACAUUAGUGGUGCGCUUUGUGGUCUCCUCAUAGGGUUCGUCAUCUAUCGGCCCAAGGUGGAGCCAGAGGCGUCCAAAGCGAUCGUGAUGUUUCGAUCCCUGCGCUAUCUGGCAGUCGUACUGCUGCUAGCCUGGUUAGUUGGUACCGUGCUGUACAACCUCGAACGAAGCCAUGUGAUUCAGAUACUCUAGGCGCCCAGAUUAGUCAAUCGCAAAUUAGUCAACGCAUAAGUUAAGUUUUGAAAAAAAAACGCCCAAUGAUCUAUUCAAAGCUACCAUGUAGAGUAAGAAUAAGUAAGAAUGACCAAAACAAACGUUUUUUUAUGACAUAUUUAA